AUGCGGUUCUUCGGGAAGAAGCAUGCAGCUGACAGCGGCGCUGUGACUGAACCUAAAAACGAUACGCACAAUGAUUCUAUGCCGAAUGAUCUUGCGCCAGCCAAAAAAAUCUCGGACCCGGAGAAAGAACUAGCUGGCUAUGCGAACGAAUCCCAUACUGCCCUACCCCAGAUGCACUCCCCACGCGUUACUAUUGACCCCGAGCUUGAGGCUCGGGUAGUGCGGAAACUGGAUUUGCGGGUUCCGACUCUUCUGGGCUUCUUGUAUCUUCUUGCUCUCCUGGACCGAAGUAAUAUCGGAAAUGCGAAAAUUGCUGGAAUGGAAGAGGACUUGAACAUCCACGGAAACAUGUAUCCAUGGCUCCUGACGAUAUUCUAUAUAGCUUACGUAUUGUUCGAGCCUCUUGCGUUAAUGUGGAAGCUUAUGCCACCGCAUCGAUGGGCUGCGAUCACUGCUUUGACUUGGGGCAUUGCCGCAACGUGCCAGGCGGCUGCACAGAAUUGGGCUGGAUUAAUGGCCCUGCGCUUCAUCAUUGGUGCAGCAGAAGCAGCUUUUGGGCCGGGGUCCCCCUACCUGCUAUCCUUCUUUUAUGGCCGUCGGGAGUUAGGGUUACGCUGUGGCCUUUUUGUAAGCGCAGCACCAUUGAGUAACACAUUUGCUGGAGCCUUAGCCUACGGUAUCACGUCAGGUCACUCCAAGUUGGCCAACUGGAGGCUAUUAUUUUUAGUUGAAGGAGCCCCGUCACUUUUGGCUGCUGGCCUGGCCUAUUUUUACCUCCCAGACCACCCUUCUUCUGCGCGGUUUCUAAAUGAGGAGGAGAAGGAUGUUGCGAGGGCUCGAAGCCUUCGUCGCAGUGGUGAGGCUGAGCGCGUGAGUGGAGUUAACUUGAAAGAGCUCGCAAAGACACUGUUAGACGUGAAACCCUGGAUUACGGCGCUCAUGUACUUCAGCUGCAACGUGAGCUUCUCCUCGCUCCCUGUAUUCCUCCCGACAAUCCUGAAGGAUAUGGGAUUCGAAGCAGUCGAUGCUCAGGGCCUUACGGCCCCGCCGUUCUUCAUUUCAUUCCUCUUCAGUAUCCUGACUACAUGGCUCUCUGACCGACUUCAACAACGGGGCCUGACAAUUGUCCUCUUUUCUUUGGUGGCUACAGUCGGAUACGCUCUGCUUGCAGGUUGCACAUCCGUCGGUGUCCGCUACUUUGGCGUGUUCCUAGCAGCCGCAGGAGUUUUCCCAUGCAUCGCAAAUAUUCUGCCUUGGGUUCUUAAUAACCAAGGCUCUGACAGCCGACGUGGAAUGGGAAUCGUCAUUCUCAAUUUAAUUGGGCAAUGUGGGCCUUUUCUAGGAACAAAUAUCUUCCCCGAUAGUGAUGGGCCGCGCUAUAUUCGUGGUCAGUCCGUGUGCGCCGCAUUUAUGUUUUUCAACGCCAUUCUCGCCUUGUCUUUGCGGUUCCUCCUAGUUUGGGAGAACAAACGUUUGGACAGGCAGCAUGGCCCCCAAAACGGAUCUGCGGUGAACGAUAAGGGACAUGCUGUGGGAGAGGAAAAUUAUGACAACACCCACCUCUAUGGCAUUGUGGACAUGGGGAGCAACGGCAUCCGAUUCUCCAUCACUGACACUUCCCCACCAACCGCCCGAAUUAUGCCAACCGUCUACCAAGACAGGGCUGGGAUCUCUCUAUACGAUGCGCAAUUCUCCGGCGGCCCCGGCACCAGGCUUCCAAUCCCAGCUGAGAUCGUCGAGGAAGUAGUGGAGCGACUUGUCCGAUUCCAGGGAAUCUGCGAGGACUUCCAAGUUCCGCGGGGUAAUGUCUACGUUCUUGCCACCGAAGCAACACGUACAGCACCGAAUUCCGAGGCUUUCAGGGCUCGGAUCAAAGAGCAGACUGGAUGGGAAGUGCGUCUUCUAUCGAAAGAGGACGAGGGGCGGAUUGGUGCUUUGGGGAUUGCGAGUAGCUCGCGCGUUGUUGCUGGGCUUGCGAUGGAUUUGGGCGGUGGAAGUACGCAGAUUACGUGGGUGAUUGCUAAGGAUGGAGCUGUGACUACUUGUCCCAAAGGGUCUUUUAGUUUUCCGUACGGGGCUGCGGCGUUGAGUGCAAGGUUAGAGCAGGCUAAGGCUGCUGGGAAGAAGGCUGAGAAGGCAUUGACGGAGGAGAUGAAGGAGAAUUUCCGGAAGGCUUAUGAGGAGCUUGAGAUCCCGCAGUCUCUGAUAGAGAAUAGCAAGGCGGAGGGGAAGUUUGAUCUCUAUCUUUGCGGCGGGGGGUUUAGAGGUUGGGGGUAUGUGUUGAUGAAGCAGGCUGAGGUUAGCCCGUACCCGAUUCCGAUCAUCAACGGGUUUCGGGCCAAGAGGGAGGAUUUCCACAACACUGCAGCCGUUUUACAUGAAGUAUCGGGUUCGCAAAAGAUAUUUGGGGUGUCGAAACGCCGUGCAUUGCAGGUUCCGGCCGUUGCUGCGUUGAUAGACGUGCUCAUGGAUGCCUUGCCAGCGAUUACGCAUAUCCAGUUCUGUCAGGGAGGUGUCCGUGAAGGCUUCCUGUUUGACAAACUCCCACAGGAAGUUCGCGCCCAAGAUCCCCUCCUUGCUUCGACUAUACAGUAUGCACCUCCGUCCGCGGAUGACAGCAAGAGGCUGCUUCUGUCCGCGUUGCCGGAGAACGCAUCUCCGAUUGAGUCCUUCUACCCACCUUCGUCUUUAUCCCCACAAUUUCUUGCUGCUAUUUGCAACAUUCUAUUUGCUCAUUCUCGGGUGCCUAGAGAGUCUCGUACUGCAGCCGCUUUACACAGUACAACUACAGGUUUACUAGCCUCCACCAACAGCAUAUCCCACGCCGAGCGUGCAAUGAUGGCGCUCAUACUCGCCGAGCGUUGGGCAGGGGACCUGGCACCAACAGAAGAGGCGUACCAAAAGAACCUGAUGCACUGUAUCUCCGCACAAGAAGCAUGGUGGUGUCAAUAUCUCGGCCGGGUUGCAGGUUUAAUUGGAGAGGUAUAUCCAGCAGGCCGCGUGUCAGACACACAUUGGAGGGUACGGCUGGAGACCGAGUGGGAUCAUGUCAUCAAAAAGAAAGAGAAACGCGAUUUGCUGCGACUCAAAGUCCAAUGGAAUCGAGACACAGGGACGAUAUCGGGAAUCACAGAGAACUGGCUGCGGGAUCGGGUGGAGAAGGUCGAGAAAGCUGGGAAGAAAAAGAGCUGGGUCCGGGCGUAUGGGGUCCGGUUGGACGUGGUCGUGUGUUAG